AUGUCGCCCCAUCACGAGCCGCUGCGGGCACUGGGGCCGAUCGAGUGGGACGAGGUUCCGGUCGACGACCUCAAGCCGUUUAUGAACGAGGCCUUCGUUGAUGCGCAAACCGUCGUCGAGUCGGUGCCGUCUCCGACUACGGCCACUGCGACGGGAGCGGGAGCGGCAUCAGCGGCGGCGGUUUUCGAACAGGCCGAGAUAUCAUAUUCGCAGCGCCAGCCCGGGUCGUCACUGGCCAUGGCCCAGCAGCUGCGAAAGGAGUGGAAGGAGAUCAAGAUGAAUGCCAAAGACAAUCCGCUCAAUAUCAGCGUCUGGAAGCUUGCUGCAAAGGAUGGCAAGGGGGCGUGGUUCGCUAGACGAAGCCUUCACCAUGGCUUGACGUAUGAUAACUGGAAGACGGGCCUCGAGAAGGAGUUUCCGGAGACGCUCAAAGUACAAGGCUCGCCGGGCAGCGGAAACAUUCGAGGUGUUGGCGCAGAUAGGCAUGUUGAGAGUCAACAAGUUGAGGGUUCGGGACACUUGAGUGUGUUCCAAUUAUCGGCGCAAUUCCCUGGCCCUACCGCCCCGAGAGAUUUCAUCACACUUCUCCUUACAACCGAUUUUGAGUACAAGCCAGCAGACCAAGAGCGACCUCUGCGGCAGCACGUUAUCGUAUCAAAACCAUGCCUUCAUGACGAGUGUCCUCCCCGGUCGGGAAUAAUCCGCGGGUCGUACGAAUCUGUCGAGAUGAUUCGGGAGGUGCCCGUCGAGAACGACCCCCUUGCAUCUAAAACAUCAUUGGUUUCGACAGACCAGAGCUCUGAAGAAGUUCGAAGCUCUAGUUCGGAAUCACGCGACCACCAGUCCAUGGCCGUUGAAUGGAUAAUGAUAACACGAAGCGACCCAGGCGGCAGCGUGCCGCGCUUCAUGGUGGAAAAGGGCACGCCACCGGGCAUUGUUGGAGAUGCUAGCAAGUUUGUCAAGUGGGUAACGGCCCUCUCGCUUCUCGACUCCAAGAGCAUCGAGAGCCUUGGAAAGCCGGGAAGUCCUGACAAACUUGCCGAGGCGGAGACACCACGUGAAACCGGUAGCCCGCGGGUGCUUCCCAUGCACAAGCCUCACCCUAGCGGCGAUUUCAAGAAGAGAGACGCAGAGAUCGAAGCAGCGAGGAGAGAAUCAGUGCAAAGUAUACCCAGUAGUAACGGUAUAUACGGCAUCAUAAGCGGGGUAUUUGAGGCGGCAUCUUCGGUCGUUGCCAGUGGACUACGGCAGCUGGGAACCCCUGAAGAGAGCCAGACCAGCCUAACUGAUCUGGAAUCCAGGGCUGCUGAGGAGCACGAGACAGAUGCUGAUUUGUCCGAACUAAGCGAGACAUCAUCCAUACGUACAUUUAGGUCUGCCCUCGAAAGAUCUAUGACUGAAGAGAAUCGGGCGCGAAGUAUCGCGGGAAGCAAUUCAGACGAGUCCAAAACGCAAGGGAAGCAGCUGCUAGAAAAAGAACUUAAGAAACUCGAAGAGAAGCGGCGAAAGCUCGAUGAAAAGACGGCUCAUAUGCAGCAACGCUUAGAGAGCAAGCGACGCGGCGGCAAGGAGAAGGACGAAGCAGUGGUGGCCAAGAUGCGUGAGAAGCACGAGAAAGAGAUCGCCAAGCAAGAAGCAAAAUACAGGAAAGAACUGCAAAAGCUAGAAGACAAGCGCGUGCACGAGGAGCGCAAGGCGGAGGCCCGCAGGCGGAAAGCCGCGGAGCGAGAAGAGAAGAUGAACCUGACGAUGGAGCUGGAGAAGACGCGGGCGGAGAGAGACGUGGCGCUGAAACGGGUCGAGAUCCUUCAGACGCAGGUCGGCCAGCUUCAGUCGCAGAAUACCAUGUUGACGGCGAAGCUGGGACGGUUAGGGGGGUUUGAUAGGGCAGCCUCCGCGUCUUCUAAGGGUUCAGGGGUGGAGAGCACCAAGUCGACAUGA